CUUGGAGCUUUCUGCGGCAUUCUUCUGUUGUCAGGCCUGACACAAUGGCUCGAACCUGCAUACAACCUGCCGCUGCUCUAUGCAUCCUUUGGUGCCAGCGCUGUCCUUGUCUUUGGCGUCAUAUCUUCGCCCUUGGCACAGCCACGAAAUCUUGUAGGGGGCCAAGUGCUCAGCGCAGUGGUGGGCUGCGCGAUUCGACUUGCCCUGAAGGACGUGCUGUGGGUGUCAGCAGCACUGGGAAUGAGCUUGGCUCUGGUGGUCAUGAUGCUGACAAAGACAGUCCACCCACCAGGUGGCGCAACAGCUCUUAUAGCUGCGACAGCCAACCCCCUCCGUCCCUGGCAGGGCUUUCAGUUUGUUGUGUGCAUCUUUAUCGGAUCUCUGGGGAUGCUCUUGGUUGCACUGCUGUUCAACAACCUCCAUCCGAAAAAGCGAUACCCACUGUACUGGUAG